AUGCGUAUCACAGCCCUCCUCUUCUCCCUUUUGCCUCUGGCACUCGCUGCCCCAGCUAAGCGGGCCGAGCCAGCUCCUCUCGUCAAGCCGCGGGGAUCCCAGCUCAUUGAGGGCAAGUACAUUGUCAAACUCUACGAGCACUCGGGAGUCACGGCUCUUGAGGAUGCCAUGAGCACCUUCGAGGGCGAUGCCGACCACGUAUACAAUGUUGAGGGCUUCAAGGGCUUUGCUUCCAGCUUAACAACCGAGCACCUAGAGACGUUGAAAAACCACCCUGACGUCGAGUUCAUCGAGCAAGACGCCGUCAUGAAAAUCAACGCCUACGUUACUCAGGAGGGUGCUCCUUGGGGAAUUUCGCGUCUAUCCCACAAGUCCGGCAGCAACACUUACGUCUACGACUCUACCGCUGGUGAGGGAACCUGCGCCUAUGUCAUUGAUACUGGUAUCCACACCGCGCACGAGGAGUUCGAAGGCCGUGCCGAAUUCGCGGCUAACUACGUUGACCGCUCCAGCACGGACGGUAACGGUCACGGCACUCACGUUGCCGGUACUAUCGGCAGCAAGACGUACGGUGUUGCGAAGAAGACUCAACUAUUCGCCGUCAAGGUGCUCGACUCGAGCGGUUCUGGAUCGACCUCCGGUGUCAUCGCUGGCAUGAACUUCGUAGCCUCGGACGUCAAAACCCGAACCUGUGCCAAGGGCGCCGUCGCGAACAUGUCUCUUGGUGGUGGUUCUUCGUCGUCGAUCAAUGCCGCUGCCAAGGCCAUCAUUAAUGCAGGUGUUUUCUUGGCUGUCGCCGCUGGUAACGACAACCAGAAUGCUGCUUCUUCAUCUCCUGCUUCUGAGCCUAGUGUCUGCACCGUCGGUGCUACUACUUCAACCGAUGCUCGUGCUAGCUACUCCAACUACGGUGCAGUUGUCGACAUCUUUGCCCCUGGUAGCUCCAUCCUAUCUACUUGGAACAAUGACCGCACUAACACCAUCUCUGGUACAUCCAUGGCUACCCCCCACAUUGCCGGUCUGGGUGCCUACCUCCUAGCACUGGAGGGUAAGAAGAGCCCCCAGGAGCUCUGCAGCUACAUCGCUUCCACCGCCAACUCGGAUGUUCUAUCCAGCAUCCCCAGCGGCACCGUCAACAAGCUCGCCUUCAAUGGCAACCCCGGCGACGAUUAA